AUGUCACCACCUUCCAAAAUUGACGAAUCUUUCACUGAUAUCGGUAAUACUAGUACUUCUUGGUACACUGAAAUCAAAAGUAUUGAGCCAGGUGUCAAACAUUUAACUGAUUCUUUUUUCACCAAGCAAAAGACACAUGAUAUCCAAUUCAGAUUAAACCAGUUGAGAAACCUUUAUUAUGCUGUUCAGGAUAAUAUUGAUCCUCUUUGCGAAGCCUUGAGCAAGGAUUUUAAUAGAUCAGCUAGUGAGACUAAAAAUUUGGAGAUUGUUGGUGGAUUGAAUGAAUUAGUUCACACCAUUGCUAGUUUACAUGAAUGGGUGAAACCAGAAAAAGUCACUGACUUGCCAGUCACCUUAAGAUCCAAUCCCAUCUAUAUUGAAAGAAUUCCAUUGGGUGUUGUUUUGAUUAUUUCGCCUUUCAAUUAUCCAUUUUUCUUGUCAUUUUCUGCUGUUGUGGGUGCAAUUGCUGGUGGUAAUGCAGUAGUUUUGAAGCAAUCGGAAUUGACCCCUAAUUUCUCAAGAUUGUUCAGUGAGAUCUUGACCAAAGCUUUGGAUAAGGAUAUCUUUUUGGCCGUCAAUGGUGGUAUCCCAGAAACUACCGAGUUAUUGAACCAGAAAUUUGAUAAAAUUAUGUACACCGGUAACAACACCGUGGGUACGAUUGUUGCUAAAAAGGCAGCAGAAACUUUGACUCCAGUUAUUUUAGAAUUGGGUGGUAAAUCCCCUGCCUUUAUUUUAGAUGAUGUUCAAGAUAAAGAUAUAGAAAUUAUUGCUAGAAGAAUUGCUUGGGGUAGAUUUACUAAUGCCGGUCAAACCUGUGUUGCUGUUGAUUAUGUUUUGGUUCCUAACAAACUCCAUGACAAGUUUAUCGCUGCAUUGAAGAAAGUUUUGAAUGAAGAAUUUUAUCCUAAACUUGACAAAACUGAUAAAACUUAUACACAUGUUAUCCAUGACCGUGCUUUCACUAAUUUAUCUAAAAUAAUAUCUACCACAAAAGGCAAGAUAAUUGUUGGAGGUGAAACUGAUCCAGAAUCAAGAUAUAUUGCACCAACAGUAAUUGACAAUGUCUCAUGGGACGAUUCGUCAAUGAAAGGUGAAAUCUUUGGUCCAAUUUUACCAAUUUUGACUUAUGAUAAAUUGACUGACUCCCUUAGAGACAUUAUUAGACAUCAUGACACCCCUUUAGCUCAAUAUGUGUUCACUUCUGGUUCUACCUCCCGUAAAUAUAACAGACAAUUGGAUCAAAUUUUAACAACUAUUAGAUCAGGUGGUCUUAUUGUUAAUGAUGUGUUGAUGCAUGUUGCCUUGGUUAAUGCUCCAUUUGGAGGGGUCGGUCAAUCUGGUUACGGAUCUUAUCAUGGUAAGUUUUCAUUCAGAAGUUUUACUCAUGAAAGAACUACAAUGGAACAGAAAUUGUGGAACGAUUUCAUGGUCAAAGUGAGAUACCCUCCAUACAAUUCAAAUAAAGAUAACUUGGUAAGAGUUUCUCAACAGGGUUACAAUGGUAAAGUUUGGUUUAGCAGAACUGGUGACGUUCCUGUUGGUGGUCCAGGUCGUUUCUUUAGUUCUUGGAACUCAUUCACUGGUGUCAUUGGGUUGCUCACUGAGUUCAUUACUAAUAAACAAUAA